AUGGCGGAUGGGGGGUAUGAUGUCUCCGAUUUUGUAACGCGGGAAAGCUUGGGAGGGGAAGAAGCUUUUAAGCGAUUCAUGAAACAGGCGGUUGAUUUAAACAUGCGUGUUAUCACGGAUGCCGUUUUUAAUCACACAUCCACAGCUCAUGACUGGUUUCAGAAAGCAUUGGCCGGGGACGAGAAAUACCUUGCCUUCUACGUGCAGCGCAACGGGCGUGAAAAAGUAGCUGAAUGGGAUCGCAAUGGUGAUAUUGUCUGCCAAUACCGGGAUCCAGACGGCACCAUUACGGAAAGAGUAGUCGUUUUUCCUGACAUUGACCGUACUCACGGGCUCUGGGCGGAGAUACAUGGACGAACAUAUCAGUUUUAUCGAGGAUUCUUUCCGUUCCAAGUGGAUCUGAACUUGCAAAAUCCUGACGUGCUGAGUGAGCUAUUUCGCGUCCUCGCCCGCGAAGUGAAGCAAGGCGUUGUAGGCAAGCGGAUGGAUGCUAUCGCGCAUUGGAUCAAGCAACCUGGAUGCGCGAGCGAAGGUCUACCGGAGUGCCAUGCUUUGCAGGGACUCCUCAAGUCGUUUUUGAGUCACAUCAACAGCCGUUGCAUUCUGAUGCCAGAGGUGGUCCGGGACAUGGCCAACGCUUCCCAAUACGCCGGUUCGGAAACGUGGAUCACAAGCUCGCGGACGACGUCAGAAGGUGACGCCAUCCUGUCUUUUGAAAUGCAGGGGGCGCUUCGCGAAGCAACGUACUUCCAAACAGUAGCCCCCUACUGGCAAAAAGUGUUUCGCAGCCCGUCACUCCCCGGCGGAAGCACGUGGAUAAACCUGCUCGAGCACCACGACGAGACUUUCAUGGGCUUCUUCGAGCCAGAAGUGCGGGUGUGGAUGUGCGAGUACAUCAAGACGCACGGCGGCGCGGUGUACAAGAACGGGAUGUCUGCCGGCGGGCGGCUCGCCGACUGUCUGAACGCGCACCCCCGGCGCAUCGCGACGGCGCUCUUCCUGCUCUACAUCACGCCCGGCACGCCGCUAGUCUACGCCGGCACCGAGAUCGGGGCGCGCAGCCAGGCGUCGCACGCAGACGCGCAAAUGGUGCGCUCGCACGACACGUUCCAGAAGCUCGGGGUGUACGCGGCGCAGAGGAGCUGCUACGACGCGCGCGAGCUUCAGCGCGGCCCGCUGCGGCGGGAGGCGUUCGACCGGGCGGUAAGCGAAGGGUACGAAGCCACGGAGAUGGUGCGUCGACUGAACCGAGUGCGGCGGACGCGGCGGUGGAUGCGGGAGGGCGGCGCCAAAGCCGUGGACUCCGGCGACGUCGGGGUGCUGUGCAUGGGACGAGGCGCGCCGGACGACACCAGGGACAGGGCGCUGUGCGUCGCCAACCUGACCGGGGUCGUCAAGUGGGCGGCCGUGCCCGUGCGGCAGGCGGCCGCAUGCCUGGCCGCGGAGAGCGGGCCCGAAGCGUGGGUCGACGACGUGCGGGAGCGGCGCAGACGGUUCGUCGACGUGGUGAGCGGACAGCCCGUUGAGCCGGCGGUCGAUGACGCGAAGAUGGUGGUCAUGUUUCGGCUCGAGGCGUUCGCGUGCGCAGCCGUGGAGGAGGUGGCGUCGGGGUGACGCGGCUCGGUGCGUUGGACGCUUGCGGCUUGGUUGCAGAGCGUAAAUGGUGUUUUUGUGGGACGGUGUUUGUUGCAGCGUUUGGUGGUGGCCGUGGCCUCUACAGGGCAGGGGAACGGAAUUGCCGAAUAUGCCGCUCUGCCCUUGGUCACGGGGGGUGGGGAGACUGUUCUAGUGGAGCGGCAUGUUGGGGAUGAGGUUAUCUGGACGCGGGCGUGUGUGAGACCCCGUGAAUAGACAGGUCGAGCAGAAUUGUUCUCGUGUCCCAACAGAGGCGAGACACGAAAGUAUUACGGUGUACUAUUAAACAUUGUUUCGUUUUCAUCUUGUCUACUCAA